UGCUGGCACUCGACUUGGCUUUUUGGCUCACGUGAUCGGGACACGCGGUAAAAGGCUCUUGCAAAAAUUAUAAUAACGGGUUUCUCGGAUGCGACCCUCUCGGCUCGGAAGCUUUACCAAAAAUCGUGUGUGUGCAGAUGACCAACAGUUGUAACCGUAUAGUCACCAAAACAAUAGCAUUAAAACAAAAAACACUUUUAGCAUUUGUAAACCAUACAGCCUUGGAUUGGGCAAAGAGUUUUGAUCGAACAACUGCACAACUCCAGCUGGUUCAAAGCAGUUUUAGCCGCCUGGUACCUUACCAACAUCAACAACAACAACCAUUACACUAACUACCAACGACAACAACACCUGGAAAUCAGCAUAAUCUCAAUUGUCGCCUAGUGGAUUGAACCAAAGUGAAGGUGUUUAAACUCAGAGUGUACGAAGAAUACCUACAAUAAAAAGCCGCUAAAAACAAAACCGGCUGGAUUUUCUCUGACAAAAUGGAAACGUCGCUUAGAAACCACCAAAAUCCGGGCUUCGUGGGCGACGAUGGACGCAGUACGGCCAGCACAGUGGAGAUUUCGGCCAACAAUCCUGCCCUGCGCGAUAAUACCGAUGACCAGGAGGCGGCCAAAUUGCCCGAGGAGCGGGCCACCUGGGGCAAGGGCGUCGAGUUCCUGAUGUCCUGCAUCGCCAUGUCCGUUGGCCUGGGCAACGUGUGGCGGUUUCCCUUCACCGCCCUGGACAAUGGCGGCGGCGCCUUCCUCAUCCCAUAUCUCAUUGUCCUGUUCCUGAUUGGCAAACCGAUUUACUAUCUGGAAAUGGUAAUUGGCCAGUUUUCCAGUCGCGGCUCGGUGAAGGUGUUCGAUUUGUGCCCGGCCAUGAAAGGUGUUGGAGCCGGCCAGGCGUUCCAGGUGUUUAUGCUCAGCACUUACUAUGCCGCCCUGGUAGCGAUAAUUGGCCGAUAUUUCAUUGAAUCAUUCCGCAACCCAUUGCCCUGGGCCACAUGCCAAGCGGUAUGGGGAAUCCACUGCAUUAACUCAGCCCCCGAUGCUGACAAUUGGUCUCAAGUGGAAAGCGAUGAUCUGGGCCCGAAAAAUUACACAGUGAAAUCACAAAACGAUCGGGUCAUCACCAGUUCGGAAUGGUACUUUGUUAAGGAAGUGCUGCACGAGACUCCGAAUAUCGAGGAUGGAAUUGGCCUGCCUAAUUGGGAGCUGGUCAUUGGACUUUUUGUCGCCUGGGCGUGUGUAUUUUUAAUUAUUCGACGCGGAGUGAAGAGUUCGGGAAAGGCAUCCUACUUUUUGGCCCUCUUUCCGUACGUCAUCAUGGGUGUCCUUUUGGUGAGAGCUGUGACACUGCCGGGAUCUCUAGAUGGCAUUUACUACUUUAUCAAGCCGCAAUGGGGCAAGAUCCUGGACCCAAAGGUCUGGUAUGCAGCUGUAACUCAGUGCUUUUACUCGCUGUCUGUGUGUUUUGGCAACAUCAUCAUGUACUCCUCGUUCAACAAGUUCGGUCACAAUGUACAUAGGGAUGCAGCUAUAGUGACGGGUUUGGAUACCAUGACCUCACUGCUGGCGGGAUUCACGAUUUUCGGUAUCCUCGGACAUCUGGCCCACGAAAUCGGCACCGACGACAUUGGUUCGGUGGUGAAAGGUGGCGCCGGACUGGCCUUCAUCUCGUAUCCCGAUGCCAUUGCCAAGUUUAAGCAGCUGCCACAGAUCUUCUCGGUGCUGUUCUUCCUCAUGCUCUUCGUUUUGGGCAUAGGAUCGAAUAUUGCCAUGACCUCCUGCUCGGUGACCGCCAUCCGGGAUCGAUUCCCCAACUUCAAGCAAUGGCAGUGCUCGCUGCUCAUAGCAGUCGUCAGCUUUUUGAUCGGGCUGAUGUACAUAACGCCGGGCGGCCAAUACAUGUUGACUCUAGUGGACUUCUUUGGCGCCUCGAUGAUUGCUCUUGUGUUGGGAAUCGCCGAACUCUACACCAUUGGAUGGAUCUAUGGAACCGACCGCUUGUGCAAAGACAUAGAGUUCAUGUUGGGUCGCAAAGUGGGUCUCUACUGGAGGCUCUGCUGGAGCGUCUUCACCCCACUGAUCAUGACUGUUAUUUUAAUCUAUUUCUACGCGACCUACGAACCCCUGACCUACAACAACAUCAUCUACCCAAAUUGGGCUUACAGCAUCGGAUGGUGUAUCACCGCCUUUGGCAUACUUCAACUGCCCAUUUGGAUGAUUGUGGCCAUUAUUCGAGAUCCAGGCCAAAGUGUGGGUGAGAAAAUCCGAGGCGCUUUCACGCCCAAGAAGAAUUGGGGACCCAUUGACCCACUGCUUCGAGAGCAGUACAACAAGGAAAUCGAAAACGAAUUGACCCCUAAACGUGGCCAGGGUAUUUGGGCUGCCAUCAAGCAAAACAUAUUUGGUUGAUCCAUUUUAAAUGGGUAACAUUUACAACAAACGCCCUUGUAAAUAAUCAGUUAUAGCUUAAGUCAAAUGAAUUUAAAAGAUCUUGUAUAAUCAUUAAGUCUGCCAAUAAACUUGAUAAGUAUGUGUCAAAA